CCCAUUCUUCAGCCCCUCCUCCUCUUUCCCCCCAUUCUGUUUCUUACCCACCCCAUUUCCAUUCUUCAGCUUCCUCUCCUCCUUCCCCUAAUAAAGGGGACCUACUAGAACUACCAGGCUGGUUUGCUGGUCAUCAUUCCACCCUAAGUUUCUUGUGGUAACUCUUCUUCUUCUGGUAGCUCUUCUUCUUCUGGAAGCUCUUCUUCUUCUGGUAGUUCUAGUAGGUCUUAUAGUUGGUGGGCCGAGAGGAAGGUGAAGAAUAGGAAUGGGGUGGGAGGAGGAGGGGCUGAAGAAUGGGAAUGGAGUGGGUAAGAAUCCGAACGGAACGGGGAACGAGGAGGAGGUUGAUGGACAUGAUGAUGAGGGUCCGGGUGGAGAUGAAAAUGGUGGUACCAGUCUGUUGGCCUGUCAGAUCUUCGGCAUGAUGACUGCAUCUGGUCAUGACU